AUGGCUGGCCAUGAUCUGGACAAAAACAAUGCAUCCCUCCUCCCCACUGACAGCAAUUCUGCAUCGGUGGGGAAGCUGGCAUCCCUGGGCUUUAUCUCCUGUGUCAGCCUGGCUGGCAACCUCAUUUUUGCCUUCACUAGCCUAAAGGAUAGGAGCCUACACAGGGCACCCUAUUACCUGAUGCUGGACCUCUGCUUAGGAGAUGUGAUCAGGAGCCUGCUUUGUUUCCCUCUGGUGCUGAAGUCCAUCAGCAGCGGUUCCCAGUGGACGUACAGCAAAAGAACAUGUAAGAUGAUGGCCUUUGGGGCUGCCCUCCUUUGCUUUCAUGCUGCAUUUAUGCUGCUAUCUAUCAGCUUGACCAGGUACAUGGCUAUUGCUCACCAUAGGUUUUAUUCCAAGAGGAUGAAAGGUUGGGCGUGUGCCAUAGUCAUCUCCAUGGCCUGGAUUCUGUCUAUGGCCAUGGCCCUUCCUCCAGUCUUUGAAGUGGGAACCUACAAAUUUAUUAAAGAAGAGGACCAGUGUACGUUUGAACAUCGUUAUGUGAAGGCAAAUGAUAGUCUUGGCUUCUUGUUGAUGCUGUCCUUUAUUGUAGGAGCCACACACUUCAUCUAUAUGAAACUCCUCUUCUUUAUCUAUGACCACCGCAAAAUGAAGCCAGCCCAGCUCACUCCAGCUAUCAGCCAGAACUGGAGCUUCCAUGGUCCAGGAGCAGCCGGCCAAGCAGCAGCCAACUGGAUAGCUGGCUUUGGUAGAGGUCCGACCCCCCCAACUUUGGUAGGCAUGAGGCAGACCACCCAAAAUCAGUUUAAGAGACUACUGGUACUGGAGGAAUUCAAGCAAGAGAAAAGGCUUUCCAAAAUGUUUUAUGUGAUAACCUUCCUAUUCCUGCUCCUAUGGGUACCCUACCUGGUAGCCUGUUAUCUACGUGUAUUUUUGAAAGCAACAACUUUGCCUCGUAGCUACAUGACAGUGGCAGUCUGGCUAACAUUUGUCCAGGCAGGCGUCAACCCUAUUGUCUGCUUCAUGCUAAACAAAGAAUUAAGGGUCUCCUUGGUAGCUUACCUGCCUUGCAAAAGCCCCCAGACACAAAGAGAGAUAUACACUCACACAUAG